UCUUAAUUUUUUGGUAAUAAUUGGGAUUACACGAUAAACAAUUUUAAUUGUUGUUAAGUAAAAUAAAUUACAGUCACUUGUGUUUUUUACGUAAACAAUGACAGAUCCAGACCCUUGGUCGGUCCAACAUCCUGAAAAUUGUACAAACGGACAUAAUCCUACUUCGUCAGCAACCGAGUCUUCCGUGGAUUCAGAUUGUGUAGGAUUCGAAGAUAGUUUUACUACGUUUUCUAACAACAACAACACCCAAGAGGAAAGAAAUUUUUCUUCAGAUAACAACAAGCCUGAACAUCAACCCCUACCAGAUUCUCAAACAUAUUUAAAAUCGCUUGAACGUAAGUUAAGUAAUUUAAAGAAGAAUUCCAAGCUUGUUGACGCCUUAACGGAAAAACGCAACGACUGCCUGCGUUCAUUGGUCCAGAGCGAUUUGUCCCGCAAUGGUAGCUGCAACAAUGAUUUGCUUUUAGAGUUAGAAGCUAGUAUUGGAAAUACAGACUCGGCGGUACACAAUUUGUAUCGUCAAAUACAGCCCAUUCAACCAGUGACCGUAGGUGAGACAGUGCAUAUCGUAAACUACGAUCAACUAGAAGAGCAGCGUUUAACAGCCGACGAGGAAGCAGAAUCAUUUGCUGAAGAGGAAGCAAGCUUACCAGCAAGUCGCUAA